AUGGCGGGAGAAGGUGAAGAAGAUGUACCAAGAGACGCCAAGAUUGUGAAAUCUCUGCUCAAGUCGAUGGGUGUGGAGGAGUACGAGCCUCGCGUGAUUCACCAGUUCCUGGAAAUAUGGUACCGGUACGUGGUCGAAGUGUUGACAGAUGCUCAGGUUCUGCUAGAACUUGCUGCGAGCAGGAACAAGAUCCCUUUGCCAAAAUCCAUUGCAGGACCGGGUGUUCCGCUCCCGCCUGAACAGGACACGUUGCUCAGCUCGAACUAUCAGCUGGUUAUACCGAAGAAGUCAGCGUCAACAGAAGCAGAGGAAACAGAGGACGACGAAGAAAUGACAGAUCCUGCGCAGUCAUCUCAAGAACAGCCGCAGCAACAACAAGCAUCAGAGUUUCCCAGCCAAACUCCUCAAAGAGUCUCUUUCCCUCUCUCUAGACGACCCAACUAA